GAGCGAAGCAACGACUGGUGUUGGCCGACGGACAGCGAGAGACCUCGGGAGGUGUAUGAAGCCGACAGCUAACUUUAGGCUCACUUUGCCACACAUAGUCGUCGUACGUUAGUAAACGAUGAGUACAUCCGAGACUUUGGAUCGAAUGGAGCUGUGCGAAAGCCUCCUGACAUGGAUCCAGACGUUUGGAGUGGAGGCUCCAUGCAAGACAGUAGAAGACAUGACGAGUGGUGUCGUCAUGGCUCAAGCUCUGCAGAAAAUAGAUGUUGUGUAUUUCAGCGAUGCUUGGAUUAGUAGAAUCAAACCUGAUGUUGGGGACAACUGGAGACUAAAGGUCAGCAAUCUAAAGAAAAUUCUAAAGGGCAUCCUAGACUAUAACCAGGAGGUCUUAGGCCAGCACAUUAAUGACUUCACUCUACCAGACGUUAACCUCAUCGGAGAACACUCUGAUGCAGCAGAACUUGGAAGGAUGCUGCAACUAUUACUGGGCUGUGCUGUCAACUGUGAGCAGAAGCAAGAAUAUAUCCAGACCAUCAUGAUGAUGGAGGAGUCAGUGCAGCAUGUUGUCAUGACAGCCAUCCAAGAGCUGAUGAGUAAAGAGACUCCAGUGAUGGGAGGAAAUGACUCAUAUGUGGAUCUAGACAGACAGCUGAAAAAAACUGUUGAGGAGCUGAACGAUGCGAUGGCUACCAAGGAAGAGAUUGCCCAGAGGUGUCGUGAGCUUGACAUGCAGGUGGCAGCCCUGCAAGAAGAGAAGAGCAGUUUGCUGGCAGAAAACCAGGUCCUAAUGGAGAGACUGAACCAGUCUGACUCCAUAGAGGACAUUAACAGUCCAGCCGGACGCAGACACCUCCAGCUGCAGACACAGCUGGAGCAACUACAGGAAGAAACAUUCAGGUUGGAGGCAGCAAAAGACGACUAUCGGAUUCGUUGUGAGGAGCUUGAGAAAGAACUUCUAGAUGUAAAGUCGCAGAACGAAGACCUCGUGACACUGGCUGACGAAGCCCAGUCCCUCAAGGAUGAAAUGGAUGUUCUCAGGCAUUCGUCGGACAAAGUGUCCAAACUAGAGGGCACGGUGGAGCACUACAAGAAGAAACUGGAGGACAUGGGACUUCUCAGAAGACAGACUAAGCUGAUGGAGGAGAAGAACACAUUGUUAAUGCAGACCAACGUCGGUUUGGAAGAAGAACUACGAAAAGCGAACGCUACAAAGGGUCAGCUGGAGACGUACAAGAGACAGGUGGUUGAACUUCAGAACAGACUAUCAGAAGAGUCUAAAAAAGCGGACAAGAUGGAGUUUGAGUACAAACGCCUCAAAGAAAAAGUCGACUCCCUACAAAAAGAAAAAGAUCGUAUGCGGACAGAGAGGGACUCACUCAAGGAGACUAUAGAGGAGCUGCACUGUGUCCAGGCUCAGGAGGGACAGCUCGGCUCUGGUCUCUUCCCUUUGGUCAGCAACGACGGCUCAGAUUCACUGGCUGCUGAGAUCACCACCCCAGAGUUUCGGGAACAUCUGAUCCGUCUCCAGCACGAGAACAAGAUGCUAAAGCUGGCUCAGGAGGGGUCGGACAACGAGAAGAUUGCGCUGUUGCAGAGUCUCCUGGAGGACGCCAACAGGAGAAAGAACGAACUGGAGACGGAGAACAGGUUAAUCAAUCAGCGCCUGAUGGAGGAACAGAGUCAGGUAGAGGAGCUACAAAAGACCGUUCAAGAGCAGGGAUCUAAAGCAGAUGACUCUUCCAUUCUGAAGAAGAAAUACGAGGAGCACAUGGAGAAAGUGCGGGAGUUGAACAACGAGCUAUUAAAGAAAAACACCCUCAUCGACGAAAUGGAGCCUAAAUACAGUGCCAGCACCCAACGAGUGGACGAGCUGGAAGACGCCUUGAAAAAGAAAGAUGACGACAUGAAGCAGAUGGAGGAGAGAUAUAAGAAGUACCUGGAAAAGGCCAAGAGUGUGAUCAGGACCCUGGACCCCAAGCAGAACCAGGGCUCAGGUCCCGAGGUCCAGGCCCUGAAGAACCAGCUGCAGGAGAAGGAGAGAAUGUUACACUCAUUAGAGAAAGAGAUGGACAAGACCAAGAGCCAGAGAGAUUACGAGGAGAGGCUGAUUGUGUCAGCUUGGUACAAUAUGGGUAUGUCCAUGCAGAAGAAGGCGGCUGAAGAGCGACUGGCCAACACUGGUUCUGGUCAGUCCUUCCUGGCCCGGCAGAGACAAGCUACCAGCACACGCCGCUCCUACCCUGGACACGGCCAGCCAGCUACCGCAAGGUAGAGAUGAUGGCCAAAAAAUAAAUAAAAACAACUGCGACAAAAACUACCCUUUACAAAUCCGCUGAACUUAUAAUAUACAAUAGAUGUGCUUUCUUUGACGCGCGUCUUUUUCCCAUUCAUUUCUAAUGGAAGUUCUUGUUUUCCUUUUCCUUUCUUGCUUAUUGAUUAUCUGUUUUCAUUUGUUUUCCUUUCUUGAUCAGAUCCAUGAGGUAGAGAUGCCAGACAAGGCUGCCCAAAUCUUGCACCACUUAUGCGUGUGUUUUUUUCCCUGACUAAGCAUAUUUUACCCUGACUCCUGUGAUUCCAGGCUUUCCUCCCUUUUUUCAGCCCUCAGCAUAUUUAACGGGUUCUGACUAAACACUUUAAAGAAAUACACUCUCCCCCUCUGUUUCAACCACUGAAUUUCCCCGACCUGUGCUUUGUGGCAAACCCAUAUCAGACAGGUAGUCUUUGACUCUUAAGGGCAGAGAAUCCUUUUGUCUUUUUGUUGAGAGGAACUCCUCUACUUGUUCAUGCAGUAUUCAUGCACAUCUCUACCUGUAAUCAUAUUUGAGCUUCGUCUUGAUGUUUGAGCAGGGUUGACAGACUGUCUGUCCUGUUGUAAUCUGUUAUGAUGUAGCUUUAAGGUUAACAGCAUUUGUUUUACACGUCAAUCCAUUUCCUUGGUCACGGAAACGAGAGGGCUUAAGAAGUCAGGUUAAUGUUCUAUUGGCUUACUAAUUAAUUUAUUUGAGUCGUUUCUGUUGUUGGUAUUACAUGGUUUUUGAAAAGAAGGGCAACUUGCUAAAUAGUACAGCAAUAAUUGUAGAAGAAUUCUUCCCUCCGAAGGGGGAGGAAAAAAAGCGAACCUGUUCCAGAAAGUGCAAUCCACAGUUGUUUAAGUCACUGUGUCCCUGGUUUUCACUGUGUUUUGUGAGCAAAGCAUUAGUUUGAGUGAUUUUUUUUUUUUUGAUUUUUUCCUUAGCUUCACCAGCAUUUGUGAAGUGUGGUUGUCUCCGGAUAACACUUUGUGUGCCAUAGUAUUCAGUUCAUCCUAAAGUUGUCCCUCGUUUGAAGGGAAAUCCAGUCAUAACCUGAAGUUGCUCCUGCGUCUCUGCUCCUCAUACUGUCUGGUUGAAACAGGGUUGAGUGUGUCAGUGACCACAGAGAAUGUGUUUAAUUAAUAAUGCACAGCACAUCUUAAGACCAUUUCAUGUUUAUAAAUACGUUUGUUAAUCACGUCCCUGUCAAAGCUUGUCAAAGCUUGUCAAAGUUAUCCCGUUAUCUGUUUUCAUCUGACCGUCAUCUCUGUCUCUCCUCCUUAACAGCAAUGUCACUGCAUGACUCGCGCACCAGUGAUCUGGCCAAGCCUGGCGGUGGCUGAGCCGCGUUCAGGCACUCGAUGCAUGAACCUAACCGCCCGCCCGCCCGCCUGCCUCUACUGUUUGCAUGACUUUUGCCUUGACUCGAGCCUGCGAAUAACCAGCACGCCUGCCAACAGCAUGAGCACUAACAGCCUUCUGCAGAGUCAUGCGUCGUAACCUCGAGUCUGAGGAGGGGACACGGUUGGAAACAGAAAAAAAAAAACCCUCACCCUCCUCAUUUCGUUUGAUCUAAUACUCCUUGCUCAUACCCCACCACGUUUCUCCAUACUCUUUGUGGACAUGUCUGCUUGUGCUCUCCCCCCCCCUGCAUCAAGUCUGUUACUAUUCAACCAGCAGUAUGUUACAAACACCUCGGGCAGAGGUAGAGUAUCACAGUGUUAUGUGUUAACCAGCUUCUUUCAGGAUACCUCAGUGACACAUUAUUUCCUCAUAUCACUUCUUACACACAUGGUCGGCGGACAGUUGGUUUUCAGUAAAAAGAGAAGUAUUUUUUACAGAUCGCAUAACAAAAGAAAGAUUUUUUGCAAUUUUAGAAGUGGGUUUACCAUGAGUAUUAGUGAAUACUAUAAGUCGUGAGCCUCUGGGACGUUACAGGUUUACCCUCGAGGCAUCUGGACACUUUGCAGUAGGAGCAUAGGAUGGGAAAAUACGUGUUUUAUUUUUUAAAUGAAUAACAUUGUUACAGACCUGCUUUUAUACACAGAAAAGCCCCCAUUAAGCUCACUCCAAUUUUUGUCUUAAAGUGCACAUUCUCUGUGUCAUCUAUUUCCUCUUAAUGCACAAAUGGAAUACACACCAUUACUACUACUGUUUGUGUUACAUUUAACACCCUUUUCAUUAAAAAUAUUAAUUCUUUAUUUAAUCGAAAGGUCAGACUAUUAGAAUAAAUAAGCAUAAGGAACUGUGCGUUAGUCCUUGCAGGCUAAUGUAGUAUUUCUCUAAAUGGAAAGGGAAAACGGCUGCAAUCGUUUCUUCUGAAUAAAGGUUUUGGCAUUAAUAGUUAAUGGGAAAGAAGGGGUAACCACAGAGCAAAUUACAUGAAUUCCAUUCAACACAAAUUACAGUAUUAGAGUGAAAUGUAAUUCAUGUUGUACAUUUUUUUUAUUUAAUAAACAAUCAUCUUAUUUAAAUUUAAUAUGCAGAGUUGACAAAUUGGAUGAGAAAGACACAAACACCUUGGCCUGACGAUGUAUGCAUAUUAUAGGCAUAAAUGCAUAUGUUUAUUCCAAUUGGAGAUUUCUUUGAUUUCUUCUGUGCCUUUAUUUAAAAAGAAAGAAAAAAAAAGGUAGGCAUGUUGCCUUUUAAGACUAGUUCUGUUGUAUCAUAUAUCAAAAGAGGGAAAGAAAAUCUCCAAAAUUGACUUGAAUCACCCACAUGAUACAUUUUUAUUGUGUAGAUUAAGUCGGUUUAAUGAGGGCUCUCUGUUUUUAACCUAUUUUACUCAUUAUUAUUCUGUAAUCUUUCAAUUCAAUAUGUGCAUUUUUUAAAAAUCUCAAUUGCUUAUUUAUUCUUUUUGCUGCUUAAACGGCGGUGUUGUGUUUGUUUAUAUGAGUAUCAUCAUUAUUAUUAUUAUUAUAUCACCUCUGUUACAAUGGAUUUCCAUGCGACUGUCAAAUACUUAUCUUAUGCAGCAAAGGAGAUGGAGGAGGUGGCGGUUUGUCAUAGUGUAGACGUCGGCUCAGAUCAAGUGUACAAAAAAAAACUGCAAAGUCAUAUUUUACCUCCAUUUAAAAACGAACGUUUGUUCCACACAACACGCACAUUUGACAAUAUCGUUCGCAGUUACUGUAACGAUCAUCUCAUAUUUUCACAGUAUUUUUAAGUGACCGUAGCAAUGACCGGGGGGCCUUGUUUUGUCCUUGGGAGACAUGUUCAUAAGAUGUUGUGAAUGCAUGUGUAGCUGCAUUAAAACCAUGUUUGCACAGAAUGUAUUAAAACAUUUUUUGAUUAAAUCAGAUUCCGCAUUUUUGGAUUCAACUGCAUUUAUAUUCCCGGCAGAUGGUGAUAAAGUGCAGUACAAAUUAGGAUGACGUGUUGUGUUAUUUUUCUUUGGUUGUGUCUGUGUUUUGUAAACCACUUUCCAUUAACAUCAGCAGUUUGAGCUGUAAGUUUUAUUACACAGAGCUCCUGACCGUCCACCCCCUCCACAAGUCAUUGGCUUGGUAUAGAAAUCUGUAUAUAAUGGAACGCAUCCACUGAAUGCUUGACCUGUUUUUGACGUUAAAUCAGGGAGAGUAUGGGAACUUUUAAAUUGUGUUGUUAUUUAUCCCGUUUACUGACCCUCCUAUCAGUUACUGUAUGCGUUGCUUUUGUGUCUGUGUGUACUCCUAAUAUUAACUUGCAGUCAUUCAACCCGGAGAAACUAAUGAUUUAUUUUUCAGACUGUAUUCAUGCCAAAAUCCUCCCAGUGGAGAAACACAGAGGAAUCCACCAUUAUAAUUCAUAUUUGUGAACAAAAUUCAAAAUGGGCAGAGCCAGUUCCCAAAUGUCGGCCAUAGUGUGUUGUAUUAUUUACAUACUACCCAGUAUUUGUUAUUGUCACUUGACUACCAUUUCACUGUGGGUCAGUCAAAAGUGUGUCAUAAAGACAAAGACAACGCAAUUAACACAAUCUUAUCACAGUGUCUGCAGUAUUUUCUUUUUUACUCAUUGGAAAACAUUUCUUUACAUGCCGAAGUAGCAAAUAACCUCCUGUUUGCCAAGUUUUAUAUACAGAUAUACAUUUGUACAUACUUUAUGUGACGGACUGUGUGUCAUUUAAGGAUGAGGAAAAAAGUGACUCGGUGGAUUUCAUACUGCAUUGGUCCAGUGAGGACCUGUUGAUGUGCUUCCUACACUGCAAAACUUGGAAAUGACGUUGUAAAUAAAGCUUGUAUAAAACAC